CGGAGUGUGUGUAGAGGAAGUGGCGGCUGAUCCGGGUCCGCACCUUUUCCGGUAACACAGCCCCGCCACAGCUCGACUGAACGGCCGCAGAGAGAGAGGGAGGAAGAGCGACGGAGAGAGCGGCAAGAGCGGGGAGAAACGGCCCGGGGACGGAGGGGAGAUCGCCGCGAACGCAGGGGGAAGAGGAGAAGAAAGUCGGAUGAAUCAAUGACCUUUUGGGGAGCUCUUCCUCUGGAGGUCCCGCGGCAGAAACGCACCGGAGUGCUCGUGAGAAGAAGGGGGGAAAAACCCGGGGCUGUGAAAUCCAUCGACUGGAUUUGAGUGAAGGCAAGUGUGGAGCUGCCGAAGGAGGAAGUGGGAACCCGGGCUCAGGACUGGGCCUGAUUCACCUACUGAAGGCUUCUGGUGGACAUCUCCAGCAGAUCCGCCUGGUUCCUGAAGGAGAAAUAAGUCCUGUAAUGUGGCCUCAGCUGCUCUGAAGCCGUCGGGGGAUGCACAUUUUUUUUUUUUUAACCUCUUCCAGUGGAUCAUGAAAAUAUAUCCCCACCCAAAUCUACCAGGGCUCCACACACGCUGCUCACAGUGAGUCACCAUCUCAGGUCACAUCACCUCAGUCCAACACAAUUGUACAACUCAAACUUGAAAGUCAGCACCUUUUGAAUACUGACACUUGUGUGAGCCCACCGCGGCCGUCACGUGGAAGGCUCCCAGCACACACUGACACUCUGACCUCUCCCACUUGGACUGUGUCUCAUUAGAGAAGUGAUUUUUUUUUUUUUUUAAACCCAAGUAUUUAUGCACAGCAAACAACAUGGGCAAAAUCCUGUCAAAGAUCUUUGGCAACAAGGAGAUGAGAAUAUUGAUGCUUGGACUUGACGCCGCCGGCAAGACGACCAUCCUGUACAAGCUGAAGCUGGGACAGUCGGUCACCACCAUCCCCACGGUGGGCUUCAACGUGGAGACCGUCACCUACAAGAAUGUGAAGUUCAACGUUUGGGACGUGGGUGGGCAGGACAAGAUCCGGCCCCUCUGGAGACAUUACUACACCGGCACCCAGGGCCUCAUUUUCGUGGUGGACUGUGCCGACAGGGACAGGAUCGACGAGGCCAGGCAGGAGCUCCACCGCAUCAUCAACGACCGGGAGAUGCGGGACGCCAUCAUCCUGAUCUUCGCCAACAAGCAGGACCUGCCCGACGCCAUGAAGCCCCACGAGAUCCAGGAGAAGCUGGGCCUGACCCGGAUCCGCGAUAGGAAUUGGUACGUUCAGCCCGCGUGUGCGACCACGGGGGACGGACUAUGCGAAGGCCUCACCUGGCUUACCUCAAAUUACAAAUCUUAAUGUUGCUCCCACUUCACCAGCCUGGACACUUGGAGACAAAAAAAGUAGCUGAGAAUGAAAACACGAGUAAGAAAAAAAAAGAAAAAAAAAAUGCAAUCUGAAGCAAUUAAUACCACAACCUCUCUUCUGAGUAUAUCAAAGAGAGUAGCAAUUAUAAUUUGUUUUAUUUUCCUUUCCUUUUCUUUUUUUUGAUAAUGAUGACUUCACUAUAACCCCAGAUUUCAUUUAAACAAUUGUUUUACGCCUGGCUUUUCUUUUAGUUUGCUUUGGUUCACAUUCUGUAUAAUCAGUACUGUCUAAAUAUACAUUAAGCUUCAUUUCCAGCUCGUAUUGCAAAUACUUUUAUUGAUUUCCUCCUUUUUGGUAUCAUUUCGGGGACUUUGGGACACACACUUACCGUUUCGCCCCCACCCUGCCCGCUCAGCUCUCAUUCAGUAUUCUCACGACCCAGCUACAUAUCCAAAGGAUGGGGGUGGGGGUGGGGGGGGGACGUCCAGAAACCAUCGCCUAUAGCAUCAGCAUAUCACCUUUGUGGCUCAAACUGCCUCUGCAACGUGUAAGAAUGUGUACUGUGGAUAUGUUAGGACCUCGAAGAAGAAGAAAAGAAAAAAAAAUUAACUGUUUUCAUAUCUGAUUGUACUGGGAUGAAUGAGGAAACGUGUUAGUACUUAUUUCCUGUGCAGUGAUACAUCCAUCAUGUCGGCUGUGGCGGUUUGUUUUCAAAGACACUAUGUGGACGCUGGAUAUUCACACACACUGUGAUAUGGAUAUAUAUUUUUGUUGUUUCAGGGGUGUCAACCUGUUACCACCAGUCUUAUUAUUAUUGUUAUUAUUGCCUGUUUAUUCUUUUCCUCUCAGAGCUUCCAUUACUCUUGAGUAUUUUGUAGUUUCAGCUGCCUUAGGAGGGGGUCACAGAUGCCCCCUUCCCCAAAAAAAAAUAAAAAAAUCAAGACAGUUACUACAACAGAAGGUGUUCUCAAAAUGCUGAGUUUGCACUUUGGGGAGGGUGUGUUGGUGCGUGAAUGUGUUGGGUGGGUGUUCCGACGAGCUGGCUGUGCACCUUUUUAUUUUCUGUGACUGACUUUUGGGCCCCAGCGAGUGUUUACGAAUUUCCCAACCCCCCUGCCACCUCCAGUGUAGGUGCCUCAGUGACUGCUCCUCCUCCUCCUCUUCUUCUUCUUCUUUUUAUUCCAUCAUCACCUGCCUGUAGAGGUAAAGGUCCUCCAACACCAGCCUUCUGUGGAUUGUUUCUAGAUACUGCUCUAUUAUUUUAUUUUGUUCGCUUCCUUUUUCUCUGCUAAUGAAAUAAUAAAAAAAUAUAUCCAGAUCAGAA